UCAAUUCCCACCCUAUAAACCUUUUUGUCUAUGGGAAAUCAAUCACAGUACUAGUGUACUACUCUCUAAGAGAAAGGAGAACCCAAGAACGGAGUAAAGUAAAUAAAUAAGGAAAAAAAUCCCCACAACAAAGAUCAAAUUUUCACUCUAGAAACUAGCCGUCAUGAAAAAAAAUGAAAAGAAUGGAUGAAAAAAAAAGAAAACAGUGGUUUUAUAUAAAACCAUUUGAAGGCGAGGGGGAAAGAAAGAGAGAGAAAUGAAAAGGGAGGAAAAAAGUGGAGAAAGUGUAGCAGAAAAGGAGGAAAAUUUGUGUGAAAAGUUGAGCAGGAGGGUAUUAUUGGUAGGGAAUAGGAAAGGAGAGGGUCCCUGUACGCCAAUCCCUUCUUGGAAACUUUACCGCCCUCAGGCUCACCUUCAUCAUAACAACAUCCCUCUUCCUCCUGCUGCCGCUGUUUCUGCAAGAAAGUUAGCUGCUUCCCUCUGGGAGUUUCAUCAAUACCUUGGUCACCAACAACCUAAAAUGCAUAGAGGGGUUAACAACAGUAAUGGCCGGUACCACCAACGCCACCACAACAAUCUUUUAAAGGCCAAAGGCAUUGACUUUUCUCAUUUCUUGGCUGAUCCUUGCCCCAGCUCUGAUCCUGACCAGCCAGAGAGUGCAAGCAGUUUGAGGAGGCAAAUUGCUCAAACACUGUUGAAACACCAUCGAUCGAUUGAAAAAAAUAAUCAUGCCCUACAGCCCGUUUCUCCUGCAAGUUAUGGCAGUUCAAUGGAGGUGGCACCUUACAAUCCUGCAGUCACCCCAAGCAGUUCCUUAGAUUUUAGAGGAAGGAUUGGUGAGUCGCAUUAUAAUCUCAAAACAUCUACAGAACUGCUAAAAGUACUAAACCGUAUUUGGAGCCUGGAAGAACAACAUGCAUCUAAUAUCUCAUUGAUAAAAGCACUAAAGAUGGAACUAGAUCAUGCCCGUGUUAGGAUCAAGGAGUUGGUUCGAGAUCAGCAAGCAGAUCGACACGAAAUUGAUGAUUUAAUGAAGCAGAUUGCUGAAGACAAGUCAGUUAGGAAGAGUAAGGAACAGGACCGGGUUCAUGCUGCCCUACAGUCUGUGAGAGAUGAACUAGAAGAUGAGAGAAAGUUAAGAAAACGUUCAGAGAGCCUACACAGGAAGUUAGCUCGGGAAGUGUCUGAGGCAAAAGCUUCUCUUUCUGAUGCCUUGAAAGAACUUGAAAGGGAAAGGAAAUCAAGGAAGCUUUUGGAAGAUCUUUGUGAUGAGUUUGCAAGGGGAAUAAAAAGCUAUGAACAGGAGGUGCAUACCCUGAGACAGAAAUCUGAUGAAGAUUGGGCAGGAGCGGCUGACCAUGAUCGUUUGAUUCUUCAUAUAUCUGAAUCAUGGCUUGAUGAGCGGAUGCAGAUGAAGCUGGAAGAAGCUCAGUCUGGUUUUGCUGAACAGAAUUCAAUAGUAGACAAAUUAGGCUUUGAAAUAGAGACCUUCCUUCACGCCAAACAGAUUGGUACUUCUGUUUCUAAGCGUUCUGAUUAUUUGUCACGAAGGGAUCCAGGGAAAUCACUUGAAUCUGCCCCUUUAAAUGAGGCUGUAAGUGCCGCUAAAGAUGUUUGUGAUGUGGAAGAUUCUGCCGGCACUGAUUUGAAUUGUUUUGAACUGAAUAAACCAAGCAGUGUUGACAUGAAAUCACAUGAAGAUGAAGAUCCAAAAGGUGAUGUCGGGGAAAUAAUGAAAUCAAAUCAAAUGGAGAAAAAACCAUCAUCUCAUGACAAGAGUAAAAGUCGGCAUCCAUCCAGCUUACAAGUUAAGUUUGAAGAAAAGAUGGCCAGAGCCAUGUGUAACGGAAAUAAAAAGUCCCACUUGGGAGAUUCAGAACGGGAAAAUACUGGUGUAGGGUGCACCACUGAAAUAACAGUUUCACAAGAGCUUGAAAAUGAUGAAGCUACCCUCCAGGGCAGCGAGGGAAGAAAGAAUAAGCUUGAUGAGGUACAAGGACUGAGCUCAAAUUAUGUACUGGAUAACUUGAUAAGAAAUCAUGUAGCAUUGUCAGAACGUGGGAAUAUAAAUCCUGAAAACGACUGUGGUGAGGCUUCUUGUAGUUUCCCUCCAAGGAGGAACCAGCCUAGUCCAGUGCGACGAUGGAUGACGAAAUUCACAUCCCCUGCCCUAGAUGUAUCGGAGUCUUCUACGAAGCAGCCUCCGGCAACGAAGGACAACACUUUGAAGGCCAAGCUUCUUGAAGCAAGGUCGAAAGGGCCACGUUCUCGAUUAAAAAUAUUAAAGAGCAAGUCAUAGCUUAUAGGCUUUUUAGCAACCAGCUGAAAAACCCACAGGAUUGGCAGCUUCUGCGUUGCUUGCAGUCAGGCAAUAUGUUAUGUGAAUAUUGGCCAUCCAUGCACAUUAUUCUAAAUGUUGCUGUGCCAUAAUCUUCAUCUAUAAUUCUAGCAUUCUUUUUUAUGUCUAUAUAUUAGAGUAAUAUCACCACAUAGUUACGAAUCUGAUGAAUUUUGGGUCCAUUACAAUUUUGAGUAACAAAGCCUUUGUAUCACUCCAUUUUUGUUCC